ACCCUGUCAUUAGAAGGCGUGUCUCUGAAUCCACAUAGAAGUUACUGCGCUCGUGCAGAAGUUGCUUCACACACCGUCCCGGGCCACGAGUUGAUUCCCUCCCGUCUUGAAAACUCAACUUUUGGGAUUUGAUCCUCAGGGAUGGCCGCGUCGGUUUUGGAGGAAGAAGCACGUUAUGGCUCAAGUCCUUUGGCAAUGCUGACCGCCACCUGCAACAAGUUUGGCAGCACCAGUCCAGUCCGUGACACAGCCACGCCUGGCAAAGCAGGAAGCACAGCGCCUGUCAAGAAGCCCUACGGAAUGACCUCUGACCUGCAGGUGCCUAAGACUGGGCGAGGCAGCGAAGGCAUGGUGGACUCUUACAGCAGCUCGUUUGGUGUGGGGGGUGGUCUGCUCACACCCACCGGCAGCCCCCCUCCCCCUGCUGGGGCAUACGGCUCUGAAUACAGCCCCUUCUCCUCCUUCCAGACAUCCACAGCUUCCCAGGACCCUUCCCUCCUGGUGACCAAGGCCCACGCCACAGCCGACUGCCUAACCAGCGUUUACACCUCGUUGGAUGUGACCCACCCGUAUGGCUCCUGGUACAAGGCAGGCAUCCACCCUGGCAUCACCGCUGCGCCUGCCAACGCCACAUCCUCCUGGUGGGAUGUCCACCCCGGUUCUAACUGGCUGAGCAGUGGCCAGGCCCAGCCCGACAGUUUACAGGCCUCGCUGCAGCCCGUGGCUCCUCAGGCCUCCCUCAGCCCCCCCAUGCCCAGCUACAGCUCUGACUUCACACCCCUCAACCCAGCACCGUACCCCUCUGUGGGCCUCAGCACCUCCUCGCACCUCCUGCAGUCCUCGCAGCACAUGCUUCCGCAGGACAUGUACAAGCCCAAGCCGGUAGCCAGCAGCGGCCUCAUCGAGAGUCCCAUGGGCCUAAAACCAGCCCGGGGCUCCGGGGCCUACACGGGUGGCUCAGCCACCAGCAGGUCCUCCUGUGACUGCCCCAACUGUCAGGAGCUGGAGCGGCUGGGCGCCUCAGCCGCCUCCCUGCGCAAGAAGCCUGUGCACAGCUGCCACAUCCCGGGCUGCGGCAAGGUCUACGGCAAGGCCUCUCACCUGAAGGCCCACCUCCGCUGGCACACAGGCGAGCGGCCCUUCGUCUGCAACUGGCUCUUCUGCGGCAAGCGCUUCACGCGCUCCGAUGAGCUGGAGCGCCAUGUGCGCACCCACACACGUGAGAAGAAAUUCACAUGCCUGCUGUGCAACAAGCGCUUCACACGCAGCGACCACCUCAGCAAGCACCAGAAGACCCACUCAGAGGGCAGCCUGCAGGGCAAGGCCGGAGGAACGGAGGGCGAGUCGGAGCCUCGGGGUCCAGAGGAAUCUGCGGAGCCCAGUGACGGCACCCCAGCCAGCACUGGGAGUGUCAUGCAGGACCACACGGCUAAUGGGGAGGAGAAGAAUGCCGCAGGGAACGUGGUGGAGAACAGCAGCGGUCUGCUGGAGAUAUAACCAUCGCUGUGGGAAUCAUCUGAUGGGGGUCUUCAGAUCGAGCUGCUGUUACAUCGGUGCUAUUCAGCGUAAAAUGUUAUGUUGUGAAAAAAAAAAAACAUAGAAAGGCUUUUCUAUGACAUUCAUCUGUAGAUACACUCAAAUAAUGGCCUCUGAGGAAAACAGACUACCACUAAUAUAAAUAUUCUCCUGUGGAACAUGAAGGAUUAGUGUGUGGAAUCAAGCAAGGGCAGGAGACGAACAUGUUUUUUAUUCAUUUUCUAGACAGAUUUAUAGAUGCCCACCUAGUCAGGCAUCUGACUUAGAUUCUGGUUUUUCUUGAUUUUUAAGCAGUUCCAUUGACUUGUUAAUCCUUGUUCUUUCUGAUCAUUAUCACAGACAGGUGUUACAGAUGACAUUACUCAAAAGUGAUCGUUUGCAUUUUGGCCAUGGUAUUAGGACCUCCCAACUGUCACUGACCAAUGGCUUGGAUAGGAUUUUGGGCUUUGCCAGCAGUUCCAUUGCAAAGUUAUGUUUAUUACAAGAAGAGAUUAUGAUUUUUCUCUUCUUUUAUCACAGCCCUUUCUGAAACUGAAUUGAUAGUUUCAGAAACCCUUGCAGAAUAUGGUUGCAAAGAAGAAGUUAGGUGUACAGUUUAGUCUUUGCUUUGAGUUCCACUUUGAUCCUAUUUCCUGUCUUAUUUAAUUUCCUAUUUACAUAAAAUUUAAUUUAUGCCUUAAAUUAUGAACAUUUGAGAGACAAUCUUGCAGUUUACUGGCAUUACAAAAUAGGAACCAGGCAAUGAAGCAAAGCCAGUCAUAAAUAAAUUAAAACUUUUCAUUUUAUAUGAUUAUUUAUUUAUUUUUAGACAGUUGGUUUUCAGGUUCUGCUGGCUUUUUUAUGAACUUUAUAUGUAGAAUUUAAAGCCAAUUUGUAAGGUUUCAAAUUUUUUAGGAUAUGUAAUCUUAAUUGUAUUUUCUGUUGUUUACCAGCAUGUACAUAUGAGACCAAAAAGUGUUUCCCAGCAAACUGUAUGUCUGUUUAAUUAAAUUAAGUGAAAUUCAA